GGCACAAAUUCGUGUAAUGUUUAGUUAGGGGAAUUCAACCUUAAAAAGACAUUUGAACCCUUUGAAAAUAAUUGUUUUACAAUUAUCGGAUACCAUUUUGAUGAAUUCAGGUGUGCAGCAGCAGGAUGAACACUCCUCCCGAAGUGCUGAGUAUGGGAUCACCAGAGGAGUACCAUGACCCUAACCAUGACCCUGGACACCCCUUUGACCUCUCAGGUCAGCAGCAGGCAUGGAAAGACGGGAGCGAAUCCACAGCCGUCCUGCAACCAAAUGGAGGUUAUGAUGACAAGUUAGAAGUGAAAGAAGAAGAGGAAGAUGAGGAGGAGGAAAUAGAAGAGAGGGGAAACGAGGAAUAUGAAAAGUUGAACGAGGAAGAGGAGGAAAUCAGCUCGCCAGUUUCAUCUCUUUUAUCAUCUGGAGAUGAGGCUGAUGAUGAUGAAGAAGAAAAUGAGGAUGAUCAUUUAGACAGAGAAGUUUUGACACGUGAUCACGCUCAGAGCAGAGGCCGCCAUUCUUUUGAAUCUGAGAGUGAAGAACAGCAUUCACCAAGAGGACGACCAAACUUUGAACUGAGUGAACACAUAGAUGCUAGAAGUAGAGAGGAUGAUGAGGAUGUGGGGAUUCAUGAAGAAAGUCACCCAACUCACAAUGAUGAUAAUGAUCUUGAGGGCACUCCUAGAGAGAUGACCCAAAGGGGUUUUGAAGAGGAAGAUGAUGACUACGAUGAAGGAGAGGAUGAGGACGAUGAGGAAGAUAGAAUAAAGGAGACGCAAAAGCUUGUUGCCAAGAUCGAGCACGAUAUCCAGGGUCUGCGGUUCCAGGCCAAACAACGCGGUCACCUCUUGUCAGAUCUCCACAGAUAUGGUGCACAAAACCAGCUGCGAAGAAAGGAACAGGAACGUCUGAAGCAGUCCUCCUCCUCUGUAGAGCAAACCAGUGAUCUCCUCACGGCAGCACCACAACCAAAGCCUAGUGAUGAAGGCAAGAUAAUAGAAAGGCCAGUGUCGAUCAAACUGCGCCUAAGAACUCGAAGCACCUCACCCAAGGCACAGCAGGAACGGUAUGCCCUGCCCCCUAUUGUGAAGGCCAAACCAGGCAAAGUGAAGAUGCGUGUUAUGAGGAUCGGCAAGCAGCUUGGACGAUGGGAUGCAUGGAAGGAGAGCCUAGGGGUCAAAGCAGACAGGGACCUAGCCAAGAUCAUGAUGGACCACAUGGACAGAACCUAUUUCCAGCAGUUUAUUUCUCCCAAACGAGAUGUCAAAAAAGGUCAGAAACGCAAGAAGAAAGAUAAAGAGGGCCACAAACAUGAACGGAAGCCCAAGAAACCCAAGCAAGUGAAAGUCAUUGAUGAACCUGAAGAAUGGGCAGAUGGAUAUCUUGAUGAUGAACUGGAUGAAUUUGGUGAUCCUGUUGAAGAAAAGGAUGACUACGACUAUGAUCCAUCUCAUGAACAUGAAGGCUUUGGAGCAUAUAAGCCAUCGAAUCCAGUAAGAAACAAGAGGAAGUCUCAAAGACCACGGAAGCUGAUGGAUGUGAACUCUAGCCCCAGACAAUCCAAGACAAGCACCAAGCUUCCACGUCAGCCCAAGAGAUCGCCCAAACCUCAGAAGAAAGGAGGCCAAGAAGAUGGAGAGGUGCCCUUAGUACAGGAGAGGAGGAGGGGACGUAAACCUAAACCAAAGCUAGUAGUCAUCAAGACUAACAAGAAGAAUAAAGCUCCUAGGAUACACAGAGGAGGAAGGAGACCAUCUCUGAUGAGUACUUUAAAAAACCUUGACUGGAAUGCUCUUCCAAGACGCUAUGAAUGCAAGAUCUGUUGCCUACGCUUUGAUGGAAUCACUGCCUUCAAGUCCCACCUUGAAUCAACUCAUACUUCUGAAUAUAUGAAACCAAAGGAACCGGACAAUCACAAUCCUGCUGGAGAUGAGAAUUCCAAUGAUGGGCAGGAGGCAGGGAAACACUUUCAUGGUUCCGAGAAGCAGUACCAGGACUCUGAGAAGCAAUACGAGGACCUGGGCCAUCUGCCUGACCCACAUUCAUCUAUGCAGGAAAGUGAACAGCGCAGAAUGGCAGAGAGCGAGAUGUAUCGGACAAUGGCUUAUGGUCCGGAUAUGAUGGACGCACGACGCUUUGAGAUGAUGCCACCCUUUAAGAGGCAUCUUCACGAGAGCUAUACAAAUGAGUGGGGUAAAAUGCAAGGAAACAUGUACAGUAGACCUUUGGCCUCAGGUCAGAUCAUGCAUGGGGAGCAGCCCUGGGGACAUAAUCGGGGGUAUGAUGCCAUCCCUGCAUACAGAAAGCAUUAUGAGGAUGGGCGAGAGUGGGGUAAGAGUGGGGGACAGUACCCACCUGUUAUUACAUCACUUGGACAGAACAUGCAAAUAGGUAUUGAUGGAGGAGAAGGAGGUGGUCAUAGACAGGAGCAGCAUGGGGAAGGGUACAACAUACCAGGGGGUAGUAUGGUGGGGAUUGACCAUGCCCCCUCCCAAGAUAACACCUAUGUUGAUAUGAGUAUGAGACACAGUGGGGAGAAUACAAACCGGGAUCAUGAGGGUGUGUCACAGGAAAGGAUGGAGAAAGGUGAGGAAGAAGAGAAUGAAGAAAGAGAAGUAAGUGAACCUCCACCUGAGACUGAUACAAGGUCAAAUGAUGGCAGCAAAGAGGCUGAAGAUGAGACCAACGAGCAAGAAGGGGAUGAAGAACAGAAGAGGGAUGAAGAUGAGACUGGGAAAAAAAAGAAGAGAAAGAAAACAAAACCUUCUAAGGAGUGGGAGGAAAUAGAUAGGUGGGCCGUCACAUUUGUUCACUGUCCGCAGUGUAAUGACUACAUUCGCUUUCGACCCGGUCAGAAGAACUUCCAUUUUGCUGUCCAUGCAGAACGCCGUCUUUGCCAAGAAUGUGGCAAGAUGUUUACUAAAGAGGCUUUCAGGGCUCAUGUCCGAGUUCACCAGGCUAAGAGAAUGGGAGAGGUCCUCAAGCACAUCUGUGAAAUCUGUGGCAAAGCCUACCGCUUCAAGUGCAGCUUGAACUCUCACAUGCGCUGCCACACAGGAGUCCGGGACUUUGACUGUAAGAUAUGUGGUAAGAAAUUCCUCUCGGCCCAUGGGCUGGAGAAACAUGAACUGGUCCAUCGUAAAGUAAAGCCCCACGUGUGCCCUGAUUGUGGGCGUGGCUUCACCCAGUUCCAUAACAUGCUUGCCCAUCGCAGGCAGCACACCGGUGAGAAACCUUACCGCUGUAACUUCUGCGACCGUUCAUUCACCCAUAAUGUCAGCCUGAAGAAUCAUAAGAAGAAAGAGCAUGGGGUUGACCUAUGGCAAGGGACGGGUGGGAAACCCCCCUCCUCAAGUCGUUCACGGUCCAAGUCGUCAAGAAGUGCCCAGGCUGUUGUUCCUGUCAGUCCUCCUGUACCCCAGCAGCCACCUGCACAGCCAAAGCCAUCAGUGCCAAGUGAAAGAGAGUUAAUGCAUACAUUAGAUCCUGCUCAGCUAUAUAACAUGAUGCCCACUCUGGAUUAUGGGCAUUACUAACCUAUCUUUACUAGCCAAUUUUUUUAUAUCUAUUUAUUAUGUCGAUUUCUUACGUUCAUGCAGAUUCAUAAUGUAUUCCAUUAAUGUCCUUGUCUUUGGCUAAUGCAACAAAAAAUCAGCUCCAUUUUUUUAAUCGACUUGAGGCUUUUCAAUCAUCAUCUUUCGGUCAUAUAAUGCACUAUUUUAACAUUGACUUGAAGCACAGCUUACAAUCUUAAAUGUAAUGCACAGUGCUUCUAAAAGUCAUGGGGCUAAAAGAUAAUGUUGGCAUUUUUGUUCAUGGUGAAAAAUCUCAAAGUCAAUAUAUGUUUCAAAUGUUAUGUUUGGUACUAGCACAUGUCUAAUUUGUAUUUUAUUCGUGCUGAACUCUUGCCUGUACAUAGUAGAACACAUCUACCGUAGUACAGAAUGGUGAAAAUAGUGCGAUUCAUGUUAUAUGUACUGAUAUGCAUCUUGGUGUAUAUGAUGUGAACUUGGUAACUUACAACUUACUGAAUGAAACGAGCCUCUACCAGGGAAAAAAUUACUUUUAAAAUUUUGUGGGCUACUGUUCAAGCUUGCUUGCAUGAAAAUAACACUCUUUAAUUUGUUUUGCAUUGAACUCUAUGCAAAAUUUGGGGGCACUUUUAAGACUUUCGGGGGCUCUGUUGGGCAUUUCGGGUACUAAUUCGCCCCAAGCCCCCGUGUAUUUUUUCCCUGGCCUCUACAUUGUGCGGUAUACUUUAUUAGCUCCGCCUGCUCUUUCAUUUUCGCUUUCACAUGCUUUCCAAAACUGAUACACUAUACAAAUAUACAUGUAUGGUGCUUAAAAUAUUGGUUGGAUGUACAUUGUAUGACUAUUUGGCUGUUAAGACUCAUACAUCGUACAUGUAAGUCAUGUAGCCGUACAAAUUUGGGUAUGGAUCCUCUAUGCCUCGGGUGUGAAUAGGACAGAGCAUUUAGGCAUGUGUGCACUUAUACAAUAUUUUAAAGUGUAUUGUAUGUCUCGUGUACAUGUUUCUUAUGCAGAUAUUACCCCCCAAAAUAUACAUGCUGAUUUUCAUUGUGUACAUUGUGUGCGCUAUGAACUGAAAAAUACACAAAAGUAUGUCGCAAACCAAGCAUUAUCAAAUAGAAUUUCAGCUUGAUUAUUCAUGAACGGCAAAGUGUUAGUAUAAAAGCAAUUAAAGCAUCCAUCUUAGGAGCAGAUUCAUGAAUGAUUGUGUAAUCUUGUCAUUGAUCAAAUUGUGUCUUAAAUUGGAUUGUAAAUCAGCUUCACAUUGAUGUGUAUGGUGCUAAAUUUUUGUGUUCAUUAUUUUUUCCUUUCAAUUGCAAUUCAACUUUAACUUUAGUAUAUUGUGAUAGUCUAGCCAUGUUAAGAAUGUAAUAUUCUUUCAAAGAAUUGUAGCCUUAGAACAAUUAAGCAAUACAUGAUGAAUGCUUCUGUACGUACUUGUACAGUACUAUUAUAUUAUGUAGGUGAUCAUUUUGGAAUGUGAUCGUUGCAGUAUAAACUUUGAUUUUGAAUACUGUGUGAUGAUGAGAUAGAUCAUAGAUGAUGAAAGGGGAAGUCCUCCCUGGUAUAAAGUUGGUUUUAAUAAAAGUAGAAACAUUGGAGAAACGGGUCAGUGAAAGUUUGAGCAAAAUCUGAUUAAAAAUAAGAUUGUUCAGAAUUUUUGAAGAUGAGAUUAAUCAAACACAUAUUGGCAUAUCUUUGACGUAUCUUGAAAGGUGAAAACUUUGUUUCUCUUUUUUUUUCUGCUUUUAUUAAUACAGCUAAUUAUCAGGGUGUACUUCCCCUUUAAACGAUAAAGUCCAUUUCUUUUCCCACCAUUAUAAUCAAUAGGAACAAAGUCAUUGAUUACCUAACUAUGUUUUACAAAUCAACAGAAUCUAGGUGUGCCGGUUUGACACCUUGAGGCCUGUUUCUAGAAACCAUCAAUCAUGUCGGUCUAUAAGUUCUUGGUCAUUGUAUGAAAACGUGCAUUAAUGCUGUUAAACGCGUGUAUCUCAACUUAUAAUGGUUUAGAGGAACUGACCCCUGGUUACGAAAGUGUUAGCACCUUACUGCAAUUUAUUUAAAUACAAAUAAUUUUUUUCUCCAUUGGGAGUUAUGAAGACAAGACAACUACUAUGAAAAGUGAUAUAACUUCUGGAAAAGGUCAAUGUCGUGCAAAAUGAUUUCUUUAUUAAAACCUUUAUUAAGAAUAUUGGGGAAUGAAAAAGUCAGUUCUGGGUGUACUAUAGAUGCUACAGGUGGUUUAAUUAUGAAGUGAUCUACAUGUAGCUUACGUGUUUGCCACUAAAUGCCUCUUCUCUAUCAUCUUUUGUUAUGUUUUUAGCAUGUUGCAUUUGAGCUUGAAAGUUUUAUGUUAAUUCAUUAUACAUUGAGGUACAUCAUUAUU